CUUCCAUUCAAACAAAUUUUAAAAGUCAAAAAAAAAAAAGACAGACCAACUAUAUAUGGGUAUUGCUUCAUGUUCUGCCAUUUCUCUGCAUAACAACAUAUUUCCUUUUUCCAUUUAAGUUUACACCAUAAUUAAAAAUACGUCUCCAAAUCCAGAUACCCAUUCCCUGUACUAUUAACACUAUUAUCAUUAUUGAGCUUAUCCUUCUUUCUGGGUUUCACAAAUAAGAAUCAAAAAUCAUAUUAAAACAUAUCUAUCGAGUAUCUGAUCAAGGUUACUAACUAGAGUCUUGACUCUUGAGUAUACAUAAAAUGUUGGAAGGAAAAGCAUUGAUAGAUGAUAGUGAUAUGCCAAUGAAGAUGCAGAUCCAAGCUAUGGCUUCUGCUUCUCAUGCUCUUGAUCUCUUUGAUGUCUUUGACUGCAAAUCCAUUGCUGCUCAUAUCAAAAAGGAUUUUGACAAGAGAUAUGGGGGAGGAUGGCAAUGUGUGGUGGGAUCAAAUUUUGGUAGUUACUUCACUCAUUCUGAAGGAACAUUCAUUUACUUCACACUUCAGACACUCAAAUUCCUCAUCUUCAAAGGGGUUAUUUUUCCUUCACAUUCCUAAUACUUUUUUUUUGUUUUUUAAAAGACAACAUUUCAAUGGUAAUUGCUAUUCAUCAUCAAUUUUAAUUUUACAAUAUUUUUCAAACGUGUAAAAAGAUAUAAUUAAGUAAGAUUUUAUCUGAUUCAUCUUAAUGCAUAUUUUUAAAAUAUUAAUUUUUUAAUAUUUUAUUUUACAAAUUUAUAUUAUACUAUAUAGUGUGAAAAUAAAAAAAAAAUGUAAUCAUUAACAAAACAGAAGAAUGAUAAAUUUACGGUGAUUCGCUAAUUUCCUCACGAAUUGCGAAUCGAAAAAAGCAAAUUAUGGUCUGCUUUGGACUAUUCUUAGGCAACUUUGAGCAAAUCGUAAAUUCAAAAAGCGAAUUAGUUAGCAAAUUAUGUUACACUGAUGUACACAGAGAAAAAAAAUACAAUUACUUUUUUCUCCGACAUUCGUUUUCAUUGGUAUUCCCUCUUUUAGGUUCAGUGAGAUCUUAAUUCUGAGUGUGCCAAGGUUAUGGCUCGGAUCAUUGAUUUAAACCUUAUUAAUAUUGAAUCGUGUAAGAUAUAUAACAUAAAAAAUAAUGGUCAAAUUGAUUCAGUACAUUUGUAAACAUCGGCGUUCAACCCAUGUUAAAUUGAGCUAGACUUACUGUUAAUGUCAGCAUAUAAUUAAGGAAAACCUCAAGUGCACACAGUUUAUAAGUUAAGGGGAUACCAUCUUAAAACCAUAUGUUAUCAAUGUCAGCAUAUCGGCAAAAUACAAUGUGUACACACUUAAUGAGUCAAGGAGAUAUUAUAACAAACCGACUUACCGUUAACUGAGUAAACAGAGUCAUCACUGGGUUCGUUUCCCAAGAAACUGAAAUCACACUUUCAAAACUUGAGCAAAGGGGACACAAGUUUUUCAACGUAAUUAACUCGGCUACAUCUCAAAACAAACAUCUAACUAAAACACAGGAUGAUCGUACAAUUCUCUACAAGUCCGAUAUAACCAACACAACCAAAUCAAAUUACAUUUAUCCAAAAUCCUAAUGCAAAACUACAAAUUCCUACGUGCUCAGCUCAAUAUACAUCCUUGGAACCUCUAAUCACCUUUGCUAAUCCAUUAUUCCCAACUGGUUUCGAUCUUUAGUCAAACUAAAAGUUGGAAACAACAAAAAGUCAGAUUAAAUUGAAUGAGAAGUAACAAUCUAAAACAACAAAACACAGUAAUUCAAAUCAUAGGUUUAAAAGCAACAUCAGUUUCCUAGAUCUAUGUGCGCACAGGGAGUCUAGUUUGAGAGGUGCCCCAUAGCUCUAAGGCUAUGUCACUCUCGAGUGAAGCUAGUCAAUAUCUGAAUGACAAUUCGCUUCAAAAACAGGGAGCAGGGAACAAUGUUCCUCAACUCCAUCAAUGACCAGCUCGCAAGCCCGAUCCAUUGACCAUAUCAUAAUAUCAGCAUAAGCAUUCACAAUAACAUUUGUCUCAACAAUUUUCGAUUCAAAAGAGCUUUAGUAAAAAGUUUAUUUUCAAGAAUGUAGUCUGGCCAGACCCUUUAAGGGACUGCUACUACUCACCAAAAAGAACGCUUCAAGAAGCUAAGUUUGGUACACCGCGAUCACUAGAAGGGCUACUCGAUAAUGUCGCCUCCUGAAGCAUAACAAAUAUAACAUCACAACAAAGCAUACGAUACUACAACUAGGUUCAUAUAGCUCAUUGCAUCUCAUCCUAAGAAUGCAUCUUAGUUCCAUCUUCUAUUCUAAUAUUUCUCAUUUCAGAGAUUGUGCAAGUCUUAACCCCAACCCUCAAUAUCAUCAAAAUAAAUAACCUUGCUUUAGUCUAGCUUAUAUUCUUGUAAAGAUUAUACGUCUCCACAAUUCCCUUUGUAUUCCAAUUCAAACACUUCCAUGUUCAUCUAAACUCAAAACCAAGAAACUAAACAAGAUUAACAAACUAUCCAAAAGAAAGAUUCAGCUAGUUUAUCCAUUCAACUAAUAAUUUCCACACGAACCCUAGAUACCUUCAAUAACAACCAAUCAAUCAACAUUUAACCAUUACCAUAAUGUGAAAAGGUUAAUAUUAUAUCCAAGAACACUGAACUAACCACAACUAAUUCGAAUAAUCUACUACUAAAAUCAUAGCCUACACUUAAAUUCUCAUCAUCACAUAACUCGCCAAUAACACAUUUUCCAUGAAUUUCCAAUUUAAUAACUCAUCUAACUAACUCAUAUACAUUCCAAGAUUCAACAACAUUUAGGGUUUAACACAUGAAUAAACGAUUAUACAAGGGAAAUUAUAUGAAUAAGAGCAUAAUUAUUAAGGAAAAACAAGGAAAGAAAUCAAGAAGGACUACCUUCUGUUUGCAUCAACAAGAAACGGAAAAAAAAUCAAGUUCAAAUCUUUAUUUUCGUCUUGGUUUUGAUGCUUAAUCAACAAGACCAAAAACUCACUCAAUCCUUCCCCAAAUCGGCAGAAUUCAAGUCAAGGGAGGAAGAUUUUGGCUGCUUCUACACUUAUGGUGGUUCGAAAUCAGAGAAAAGCUAAAGAUAAUGCUGAAAUAAUGUGUUGAAAAUCAAAGAAAGAAUCGAUAGAUUAUACCUGAUUAGCUUUAGUUCGUUACUUUUCAAAAAAAAAAAUCAAGCGAAGGACUACGUUUCUUGAAGAACCAGGAGCGAAAUCAGAUGAAUAACGACAUUGUUGCUUCGAAAUUAGAUGAAGGGGAUGGUGUUAGGGCUGUGGCUUCCUUCAAAGGUCGAAGACAAAGAAGACGACGGCCACUGUUGUUCUUCUUGCGAAAAUCAGAAUCAACGAUUCAAAGGGAGAAUGCGAAAGAAUCAGAGGAAGGAAUCAGAGGUAGAAGAAAUUAGAGGAAGAAUAUGACUCUGAUUCUUCCUUUGGGUUCCAACGAGUGAGAGGGAGAAAGAGUAAUAAAGGGCAUUUUGUUGAAAAUCUUAUCUAACCGUAAUGUAUUCUGGCUCGACAAAGAUGGUAAUCGAGUAAUAUAUUCGAUUCGCGAUAUAAUGAAAGGACGCCGGCCUAACCACAUAACAUCGUAAAUUCAUACAACUUGUGUUAAUAGUGGUUUUCCAUUAAAAUGACCCUCCAAGUUCCCAAGAACAAGAUUAGCCAUGUUGGUUCGUGUCUCGACAGUCCCACUAGCUACAUGAGGCAAGAUUACUACGUUAUCAAGUUUAAACAUUUCUUUGGGAACAUGAGGUUCAUUAUCAAAGACGUCAAGCCCAGCCCCAGCUAACCGACCUUCAAUUAGGGCUUUCACAAGCUCUUGUUCAUCAACAUGAGGGCCUCUUCCGAUGUUGAUCAGGACACCUUUGGGCCCCAAUGCAUCGAUGACUUCACGGUUGACAAUAUGUCUUGUUUCUUCCGUUAGGGCACAGGAAACUACUAAAAUGUCACAAUUGGACGCGAGUUCAUGGACACUGGGAUAGUAAGUGUAAUUAGAAUCUGGCCUUUUUGUUCUAGAGUGGUAAGCAAUGGGGCAGUCAAAUGCCUCAGCUCUCUUGGCAAUUGCAGCGCCAAUCCGGCCUAAACCGAUGAUUCCAACCUUUUUUCCGGUGAACUGAAAACACGAAGCAAAAAGAGCAGUAAGUGAUGAGCUAAGGUCUUACUGAAGUUAUAAUAUGGAUGAAAGUUAGUAGAAAUGGAAAAUCUGCUUCCUAACAUUAAAAUACUCUCAUGAGUCACAAGGCAACAACAUGAACAUCCUUUGAGAUAUCCGUAAGCGAUUCUUACUAUAGAAGUGAUGCACGCAUCCUUGAAGGCGAAAACCUUAGAAGCGGAAAAUGAACAAAAUGGAGUUUAAUAAUGUGCAAAAUGUGGAACGUUUAAAGCCAAGAUGGAAAAUCGUUCAAUGACCGAGUGAUUAUAAAAUCACUAGUCAUAGUCUCUCUGUUCUUCUUCAGACCUAUCUACCAUAAGCAAAGAUCACAAGAUCAAUGAUGAGCUUACGAAAAGCUACGUUGCAGGAAGAUUGAGCCAAAUAAUUCAUGUAUUAUAUAUAUGCAAUUACAGUAAUUACAACCAAGGUCUGAUAAAUUGGGAUUUGUACACAAGGCACAUACAAGAAGAGAGUUGGCAGCACGUAAAUCCGAUGAGGUUCCAUCCUAAUUUUGAUCAUAAAAAAAAAUUAUUCACAAUUUUUCAUUACCACUGAAUUAAUGAAAUGAAAUGAAUAUUGUGAAGAAAAUACAUUUGUAAUGAAUAUUGUGAAGAAAAUAAAUUUGUUAAAGGAGAAUGAGCAUAUGCAUUAAGUUUGUCAAGAGAUAUUCCUAUCCAAAUUACAUUAAUUUUCUCAUUUUUAUUCCUACCAUUUAAUAUCGAUUACCAAACAGACCGUUAGUACUUCACAUAAAUAACAAUUGCACAUAAUUUGAUGAAUCAAUUUAACAUAGUCCAAUUAUAAUCUGAAAUUAAACAAAUAUAAAACUCUGGCCCCAUUGAGAAUCCAUUACUUAAAACUCCAAAGAUCCUAAAUUGUUGCUCAUCUUGUACAUUUCUAAUGGUUUUCAUCAAAACAUGAUCAACCUACAUUUUAACAUCACAUAAGCACAGAUAAAUCGCUAACAUCACCACAGGUAAAUAGCAACAAAAAAAAUUUAAAUAGCCAUUCAAAUCAUCAAUGAACUUAAAUUCCAUUAUAUACAAAUUUCAUAUAAUAAUCAAUUUAAUCCCCAAUCAAUUAAAUUGAAAAACCAUUAGAAUGUACAAUAAGAAACAUACAUACCCUAGUA